CAGAAACGCAUAUUCAUUCUCCAUUAGAGCAGUGAUGAGUCGAGGAGGAUUCAACGAUUCGAGAUCACUUUCAAAUACUACAAGCUUAUCGACUUCAUGUUGCAAUGGCGUUUGUGUGAUGAGUAGCACAUGGAGGGAUGCACAGAACCCGUCCUUUCUCAAUUUCAUCUCUCGCUUUCUCAAUGAAAGUUCUUUCCGUUUAAAUAUUCUUCCAAUUGCACCAGAUUUUAUCUUUAUCUUUGGUGGUUUGUCAGUUGCUUUCAUGUUUGUGACCAAUUGGGAUGUCAUCGACAAGGAAUCUGUCUUUAGAAAAGCUGAGAAAGUGAAGGAGCAGUUUGCAAGCUUCUAUGUGGUUAUCACCCUCCCUUCAAAGGAACAGAAUGAUUCUUUCAUACGCUUCUAUUUCAAGUAUGGAGGGCAACCUGGAGGGCCAACAUUUGUUCCUGUGCGAGACUUUGAGAUGGGCUUUGAAAAAAUUGUGAAGAUAGCACAUUCUCGUGGGGUGUGCAAACGACAGGAUGUAUUGGCAAAAUUAAAAGCUGAGAAGGAAAAAUCAGUACAGGCAAUGGAGAUUUACCAACAAGUUGUUGCAUCAAUCCCUGGAGUUGACAGCCAUGAUGCAAAUGUGCUUUAUCAAACUAUUGGUUCAAUUGAAGCAAUAGCUAAGUCAUCAAAGGAAUACAUUCUGGAAACUACUGAUCUCUCACCCACGACAGCUGAGACAAUCACAAGGUUUUUCAGGGAUCCAAAGUUUUAUCUUGGUCCCAAAAUUGGCUGAGUUGUACUUUUAAUUCUAGAGAAUUCAGAGUCAUGCACCCUGCAGAAGUGACUUUAGAUAUCUCAAAAACAGGUGGAAGUCGAAUGAAUAAAAUCAGAAGGCUCUUCUGAACUUUCUUCUCUUACUUACGGAAAUAUGAUCAUAUAUUUGUGUUAAGUUGCUCUAAGUUUACGGAAGUACUUUAAAGAAGAUCAGAAUUGCAUCUGUA